UUUUUUCUCUCUUUUUUCACACUUACUUGCGCAACCUCGUGCCAACAGCAGGACCAUGUCUGUGUGAUAGAUCCUCAGCAGCAGCGCAACAGCAGUAGUUGGCAAGCGUAAAAGAGUUGGUACACAGUGUACAACCACACCUGCCCUCUGCUCAUGCGACGCGCUAAUAUUUCCACAAAAAUCUCUCCCUGUCUGUACGUUUAUGGAUCGUGCCAGUAUGGGACAACAUCCACGGGGUGUUUUCGCACUGCGCCGGAGCAAAGACCUCGGACGGUAAACGCUUCAAGAACGCCACCAUCGCCGGCUCGGAACACAUCGGCCUACGACCCUGAGCAACCCGCGGCCAUUGACCUCGACAGCGGCUGCACGGGCGUCAUCGCCGACGGCGACUUGGUCGUGAAGGACUGGGACGAGCCUCCCCUUCACCUCCUCUGCGCCAAACGCGAGUGGAGGAAGACCGUCAUCAGCAUCCUGCGCAAGAAACAGCAACUCCGUGAUCUUGACUCCACUGAAAAACAAGAGGCUGCUCAGCCCUCUGCCGAGGUUCCUGCUAACCUGGUCUUCUUCCUGCAACGAUGCUCGUCCUACCAAGGCAAAACUCUGUCCAACAGCCCGGAAGUACACCAUCAACGACACGCACGCUGCGUUAAAGACUGAUCUUCGUUUUUCUGCGUCUUUUGGUGUUGCUCUCAGUCUGUGUCUUUCGGUGUUGCUCUCAGUCUGUGUCUUGCGGUGUUACUCCCAGUCUGUGUCUUUCGGUGUUUCUCUCAGUCUGUGUCUUUCGGUGUUGCUCUCAGUGUUACAUGUCUCUGCCUUUGCAACACGUAUGUAGCCAUUUCAUGUUACGUGUGUAGCCAUGUAAACGCCAGGCACGCCAUCUCAGUGUCUGACCUUCGAUUUCGUGUUUAGUUCUGCCCAGGAUGACGCCUUCGCUACAGUACGCCGAAGAACAGUUCCGGCCUAGAUUGCCCUUUCGUCUAAAGCAUCACAUUGACCUCAUAGAGUAUCAUCACAUUCGAGUUGACACUGCGUUGUUUCCUUUUUAAGAGCCUGAUAGAGUAUCACAUUCGAGUUGACACUGCCAUGUGUUUACCUGUACAUGACGAGUGCCGGCGUAGAUUAAGCCUUCUAGAGUAUCACAUUGACCUCAUAGACUAGAGAAUCACAUUAGAGUUGGGCCUGAUAAUCACAUUCGAGUCCGAAAAUCUCGCAUAUCGAGAUUGUACCGUCGUUGCCAACAGUAUUUGAGCCUGAUAGAGUAUCACAUUCGAGUUAUAGAGAGUUCCUGGCUAGAGUUGAGCCUGAGUAUCACAUGGGAGUCCGAUAAUCUCGCAUAUCGAGAUUGUGUGUUUGUACACGCGUAGCGCCGAAGAAUAGUUC